CGCGCGCUUCCUGGCGGCGGCGGCGGCGGAAGACGAAGAAGAAGAAGGAAAAGAAGCGGCGGCGGCAGCUGCCGGGCCGGGCUCCGCUCCGCUCCUACGUGCCGUAGGCUGUCCCGCCGCCCCCAGAGUCCCCCCCGGCCGGCGGCAGGAUGUCGGUGGCAGGGCUGAAGAAGCAGUUCUAUAAGGCCAGCCAGCUGGUCAGUGAGAAGGUUGGAGGGGCUGAAGGGACCAAGCUUGACGAUGACUUCAAGGAAAUGGAAAAGAAAGUGGACCUGACCAGCAAGGCAGUUACAGAAGUAUUGACCAGAACAAUAGAGUACCUCCAGCCGAACCCAGCUUCCAGGGCCAAGCUAACCAUGCUCAACACCAUGUCGAAGAUCCGCGGGCAGGUGAAGAACCCGGGGUACCCGCAGUCGGAGGGGCUGCUGGGGGAGAGCAUGAUCCGAUACGGCAAGGAGCUGGGCGAGGACUCCAACUUUGGGGAUGCGCUUCUGGAUGCUGGCGAAUCCAUGAAGCGGUUGGCUGAAGUGAAGGACUCGCUGGAUAUUGAAGUCAAACAAAAUUUUAUUGAUCCCCUCCAGAACCUGUGUGACAAAGACCUGAAAGAAAUCCAGCACCAUCUCAAGAAGCUGGAAGGCAGACGCUUGGACUUUGACUACAAGAAGAAGCGACAGGGCAAAAUCCCCGAUGAGGAACUUCGACAGGCCAUGGAGAAAUUUGAAGAGUCCAAGGAAGUGGCCGAGACCAGUAUGCACAACCUCCUAGAGACCGAUAUCGAGCAGGUGAGCCAGCUCUCGGCCUUGGUGGACGCCCAGCUGGACUACCACAGGCAGGCAGUGCAGAUCCUGGACGAGCUCGCGGAAAAACUCAAGCGCAGAAUGAGGGAGGCCUCCUCGCGUCCCAGGCGGGAAUACAAGCCCAAACCCAGGGAGACAUAUGACUUUGGAGAGACCGACCAGUCUAACGGGGGCUUCUCUUGCAAUCCUACCUCCAAAGUCUCAGGUAAGGUUGUCCCGUGCGUGCAGCCCACGCAGGUGCCUCUGGAGCAGCCUCCUGGGGAUGGAGGGGAACUGCUCUGCCUGGAAAUGGUGGUUCUGGUGUGCUGGAUGUGUCUGUGUGAGCUGGUGGCUCUUGAGAAACGUCAGAAAUGCCUCUAGGUUUGGCCUGGUUUCUCUUGGAGCCCACCAGCCUUCGUUGUAUUGGUUUUGGGGACAUCCCAGUGGGGUCUUCAGCCCGGGCCACUCUCCUGUGGUGCCCAGUCAGUGCCAGCAGUGGCAGACAGGAAAAACUGAAGCAUCUCUCCCUCCCUCCCCGUCUUCCAUCACGCUGCAUCCGUCCCCCCCUGGUCCUGACGAGGCAGGCGGGUUUCUAACACAGCAUGUGGGCUGCCCACCCGCCCUGGUUCUCCUAACGGAUCCUCCCUUCGACCCCUGCCUUUCCCCUCUCUCCAAUUCCACGUUGGUUUAAGCAUGUCUCUUUUUGUUUGGAAGCAGCUUCCUCCUCUUUCCGAUCCGACAAGCCGUCCCGGUCCUCCGUCAGGAGUAUGCGUGAGUUUCCUCCCUCCUCACUGCAUGAUGUGUGACCAUCUCUCCCCGGCCCUCCUCGCUCUUCCUUCCCUGACACUGCUGCUUGGAGCCUCCUAACGCCUCCGUGCUGAGCCUGGCCAAGCCUUGAGCCCUAAAUGAAACCAACCACCCUAAACUGGUGGUUACCAUCCCCAAAUUGGUGGUUACCACCCCAAAGCUGGGGCCGUUGCUCACCCGGAGGAGUUGUAGUGGUUGCCCUCACGCAGGCAUCUCCGAUGUGAGCCCACAGGGAUCUCAUGCUCUUCCACGAGGGAUCAGACAUCUGGAGGGUUACCCCCUUCUCCUUACAAGCACCCAACCUGGAGCUCCUGCUGCCCCCCAAAACCCCACCGCUGAAGACUGGGGGGAGCGGGUAGAGCCUUGGCACGCCAAGUGGGUUUUGUGGGUCUCAGCUGGGCAGUGAGGAGCCUCCAAUGGGUUGUGGGGCGAUGUGGGGUCUGUGGGUCAGCAUUCCUGCUGAAGGGUCCCAUUGGGGUCCCACUGAGGUCCCAUUGGGGUCCCACUGGGGUCCUGAGGCCUGGCUGGGGCUGUGGCUUGGAGCCGUGGUGGUGGGGGAAGCUGGUGGUGGUGCAGCAAAGGGGCAGGAGGACUUGAUGUCGUGGUGGUGGGACCAGCCUGGCAUAUGGGGAAUUUGUCUCCAAACCAUGAACCUGCUUGGCUGCUGCUUUUGGUGUUUUUGGAGUUCUCUUCUGAAGCUGGGUCCUUCCUCGCUGGGGGUGUUGAGCAGAGCAGAUGUGCUUCUGCCCUUCGUGCCGUUCCCCAUCCCUGGCUGGAAGAGCUCCAGCACAGAGGGGUGGGGGACGGGGGGGGCCCUGCAGACCCCCGUGGGCUGUGUUAGCUCUCUCCCUUCUCAGUAGGACCCCCAAAGCUGAGUGCCUGCCCAUCCCAAAACGUCAGUGCAGAGCCAGAGCGAGAAGCUCUGCCCCAAACCCCUCUUUGCAGUCC